ACACCCGUCUUUGCCGAGUCUGGGGGUGCAGGGGCCCAGCAUCCCCUAGAACACUUAGUCUCUGGGGUGUCUGUCCAUUUUUACCGGCGGAAGGAGCCGGCGGUUGGGGCGGCUGCUCCAGGCCCCCCCCUCCCCCGGGGCGGCUCUGACCUCGCCCCAGCUCCCCCAGCCGUUUCCUUCCCUCUCCUUCCUUCAUCCACGCAGCUGUCCCCACGCUUCAUGGUUCUGUGGGGCAUCGAGCAGACGGAAACCCUGAUGGACACUCACACGGGCGAGGGGGGCGGCCGGGCCCGGGGAGUUGGGGAGGACUGUCCUGGGGCUAGGGAGUUGGAGACAGCUCAGGAAUCAGGGCUCCCUGAGUCCCCCCACUUACUGCUGUGCUUGCCUCGCUGGGCUCCAUUCCUGUGCUCUGCUGGCCACACCCUGCAACCCCCUUUUCUCCAGCUCCCCUGCAGACUUCCGAGGACAAGAAUAGGGAUUCUUGACUUUGUUUCUCCAGGGCCCGGGCGUCGGCUGGCCUGGGCUCAGGCGGUGACCAGGAGGAACGUGACCAUCUGGCUAGCCGCCCGUCCACUGACCAUGCCCCCUCGGCUCCAGCCCCUCCAUUCUGAGGGUUCGAGGCCACGCGGCAGGGCUGUCCGCCGAGCCUCAUUCGGGUCGCUGUGGCUGCUCUUCCCAUUACGUGAGCAGCACCGACGGCAGCGUCACUGUCCCUUAGCAGAGGGACACGGUGUUCGAAGCUGGGUCCCGGGCCCCUGGUUCUUGUUCCGCGUAGACCCUGGGUGGGACAGAGCCGUGGCCGCUCGGGUCCCACGCGCACACGCUCCCUACCUGUGGCUCGACGUAACAGCCUGUCAGGGAGCCGAUGGAAAACCUCGGUGGGCACCGGCCUGUGCCGAUGGCCCGGUACAGCACCCUCGCCCCCACCUGGCCACGCAGGUGUCCUUGUCACAGGUGGCCGUCUGGUCCCAAGCCGAGCGUUUUGCCUGUCUGGCUACUGCCUGGAGGUGGGGGGCUUCCUCGGAUGUGGGUGGCCUGCCCGGUGGUCUCGCCCUCCCCAGCCACCUCCCAGGCACCUGUGACAGGAGACGUCUCAGGAGGCUGCUGCUCCCUGGCCUUGUGCUGUCCCGCGGGUCUGAAGCCCCUGUCUGAACGGGCACCUGGUCUGUGCCCCGGAGGCAGCGGAACCGAGUGUACGCAGCUGCUUCACUGCCCCCGCCGGCCGUCGGCCCUGGGGAGCGGGUCCGGGCGAGGACCCUCUCACGUGCACAGAGCAGAACCCUUCGAGUUCGGCGGGUGGGGGGCUAUCAAGGAAGCACGGUCGUCACAGGUGUCCAGGGUCAAAAGAAUAAGGGGACCAGGACGUGUGCGGUCAGGGCCCUCGUGUCCCUGUGCCCCCGGGACCUCUGCUCCGAUUUCCUUCUGCGUUGCUGCCGCAGGCCAUCAGGCAGAACGAGGGCACAUGGCCUGUGUCCUGCACCCCUGAGAUGGCUGGCGGCGGGGUUUCCUCUAGUCCCCGGUGUGGGUGCGACGGGCCUCCCUCCAUCCUCCCUCCACGGUCCCCCAGGGCUGGGCGGGAACUGGACACGGACUCCAUUACUGUGCUGUCGUUGCCGAGGUCCCCAGUGCCAUCUCGGUCACGUGCAUGUCGUGCCAGCUUUCUUAUCUCUAAGUGCACUCAGCCGUCGUUUCCAGUUUUCCCGGCUCAGGCCUCAAGUGUCCACUGGCUCCUGAGUGACGGGCGCAGAGCACGGAGUCGACGCCGCAGCAGGCGGCUUUAAAGAGGGAGGCGGCCAUGCAGCGGGGGUGCUGGGACUGUGCCCGGCUCGGUGGCCACCUGGGUUUUUGGACCUUUGUGGGAACCAGGCAGCUGGAGAGAGGCCCAGAGGGUCCCUAGGACCUGCCGUUUAUGAGGAAAGCGAAGGGCCGCAGGGCCGGGCUAACAGCAUGUGGGGCGCAGGCGGCACCCAGCGCAGGGGCGGCGGGGCGCGGGACGGGGUGGGAACCCGCAUGGCAGUUGCCGAGUUGCCGUGGGAGCGUCGGCGCCCAUCGGACGGGGAAGCGCCAGCGCAGGCCGGAUCCGUUCGCCCCCUGUGGCCACAGAGCCAACGACAGCCGCUAGAGCGUGCGACCACGGCUGGACCUUCUGCCAGAGCAGGGGUGGGGGGCGGGGUUCAGGGUGACACCCGCGCUCCUGCCGCGCAGAGGUCUGCGCACCUCGCCCCACGCGCAGUGAGCAGGUGACCGGCGUCUUGGCGCCUUGACUCCCUGUGUGGAAGCCUCCGCAUGUCUGUCCCCUGCCUUGCCGGGAGCGGGGGAAGGGGCGUGUUGGGGACGGCAAGCUCUAUAUACACGUGGGAGACGAGGUUUCUGUGAAGGGACGUUUGGUGGUGACACACGUCCACUGAAAUUAAUUUAUUUUCACAGCGGAUUUUUCCUGAGUUGUAAUUUGCACGUGGUGAAACGCACAGGUCUUCAGUGAAUGGUUUCGAGAUUUGACAAGGAGACCCCGUCUUGACCUCUGUGACCCCCAGAGCAGUGGCCGGUCUGAGCGGUCUGUGUUCCCUCCGCGGGCCAGGCGCACCUUACCUGCUGUCGCACCGGCUGCUGCAUCGGCCCGAGGCUGGGCUCUCGCGGUUCCACGUGGUCUGGAUGCAUCUUGAGCCAGAGGCCAAACUGAAAAGGAAAACCAUCUGCCUCCCGACGGAGACUUUUAAGGCACUGCCCAUCCUGUGCCCCUCCAGUUCCAGGAGCCUGCAGGCAGCUGGGGCCCCAGCCAUGGCACAGACGUCCCUACCACCCUGCCUGUCGGUGACAGUCCCAGUCCAUCCUUGGCCAAGCCUGCGUGUCCCAGCCGUCGGGACCUUUCUGGAGUGACUUUCUGGCAGGCCAGGUCUUCUGAGGGCCCGUGUCCUCGUGGGAUGGCCCCAUUGCCACUGCUUACUCGUGAACAGGUGGGCUCUGCCCACCACACCAGGUCACCGCUUUCCUGCCCCCAAGACAGCCAGGAGGGAGUCCGGCUGUGGGCACUCGGUCAGCCUUCCCCAGGGGACGGGCUCAGACAGGCACUCGGGCCCUUGUCGGUUCAGGGGAGGCGGUGCAAUGUCUGACGGGGCCCCUGCCCGGUGUCAGGACAGAGGUGGUGUGGCACAUGGGCCUUCCCUGGUCAGGGCUUGGGAUCUGCCCUCCCUGAGGGUCCCUUCCCCUGGCCCAUCACCGCGCAGUGUUAGUGGCGUUCCACAGAUGCCCACCCCUCCCCUGUGCAAAAAUCCCGAAAGACAGCUGCGUGGGUGGGCAGCCGCGAAGGACACAGGAAGGGGCGUGGUGUCGGUGACCAUCUGCAUGACACAACAAACGCCGCAGCAGAGCAUCUCGCCCAGGGUUCCCCGGUGUCGCUUCAAUGCCAGACGGCUGCAGGGAGGCAGCAAGAUUCCCGUUCAGAACUCAAAGUCCUCGCUGGCCGUGUCCAGCGCCCAGGCGAACCUCUCCCUCUGGAUCUUGCUGUAGAUCUUCUCCACGGGCACCCCAAACCACUUACACCUGCGGGAGGACCACAGUUCUUGGGGGGAUGUAGGACAGAGACCAGGACUCUGGGUGAUGGAGGGGGCAGCUUCCUGAUGCGGGCCAGGUGUCCCCAGGGUGUGCUCAGGGACUACACUCAGGCACAUAGGUGGCCUGGCCACUCCCACCCGCCAUGGGCAGGCUGAGCUGCACGUAUGUCCCUGCCCAGCCCUAGGCUCCCCCAAAGCUCUCUGGAGGGUGAACUGAUGACAGACUCGGCAUCUGACGCCCAGUCAGGCGACUGGGGGCACAUGGGGAACAGAGGCCCCUCCUCAAGGCUGCAUGAGGGCACACGACCUGGGCCCACGUAUUGGGCGACGCUGAUCCGGGGUCCGGGUAGUUCAGCUUGGAUGUGCCCACUGCCACCUGCUUGCUCUCCCCCUCGACUGUGGCCCGUACGCUCAGCAUCACAAGCUGCCCCUCCAGUCUCUCCAGCAGCCUCUCUUUCUUCUGCAGGAAACUCGAACAAGGAGGGUCACAGGUCACCACAGGCUCACUCCCUGGGGGGGCGAGUCCAGCGACAUGGGAGGCGGUGCUUGUCCCACAGGCCGGACACUGAGCCCUCAGCAGAAAGGAGAGGCCCAUGCAGACCCACCUGCACGGACAGGGAGGCCUGUGCCAGCACGGACGCCCAGUGGUCCAGCACCUGGCAUCCCUCACCCACGUCACCUUCACCAGGGCCACCCUGCCCCUGAGGACACUUGUCAGGUGAGAAAACCUUCACACUCAGGACCCGCAGCCACGGCCAUCGGGACGAAAAGGAGACACGCGACUAGAGAAACCAGAAGGUGACGAGGCAAACGAUGUCGACGCGAGACGGACAGACGCCCGGAGGCGACAGCCACCAGGACCCACUGCAAGAGGUGGAGGAUGCGAACAGGGCUCUCCAGGUAAAGCGGCGGCAUCAGUCCCAUUCAGAACCUCACCGGUGAGGUCACGUGCUUAAAGAAGGGACACAGUUCUUCACAAACGGAGGAGACACCUGCCAGCUUACUCCGAGGCCGGCGUUACCCGGACGCUGAAACCAAAGGCAUCACAGGAAAACGAGACCGACAGCCCGUCACAGACAGCGGCAAACCCAGCGACACGGGAAGACCACAGGCCCUGACUGCGAGGCGAGGACGUCUCGACGCCUGGAGACCCGUUGGCACAGUGUGCCCACGGUCACCUCAACGAGGGCAGAAAAGCACCUAACGAGGCGACACCCAUGGAGCAAACAGAUCUCUGAGGACAGGGAACACGAGGGCGUCCGGGGGAACGCCCAGCAGACACCGCCCAGCAGACACCGCCCAGCAGACCCCGCCCCGUGGUGCGGGUGAAACCGGCCCCUGCAGGGGCUCACGCCACCUGUUCCCAGUGCUGUGCCCGAGAGCCCAGACUGACGGAGGACACGUAAACUGUCCCUAUUUGCAGGUGGCACGACUUUGACACUGGCGAGUUCGGCAGGGCUGCGGGCUGCCAGGCCAUGGGCAGCGACUGCGCUCUGCACAGGAGAACUAUUGGAAAGGACGCCGGAGGAUCGGUAAAGGGAAAAGCUAAAGUCUACAGCCAGCCGCCCCGACUCGAAUGGCUGGGCCCUCAGGACACUCACCUUUUCGACGCGCUGUCCCCUUUUGACUUGUGGUCAGCUCUUGCCUUCCUCAGCUCCUCCUGGGCCUCGGCCACCUGCUGCUGCUUCGCCUCUAUCUGCAAAGGAAGAGGGCCCUGUCGGGGCUGCCACUGCCGCUGCCCCUACCUGGUCCAGCCCCAGGGACCCAUCCACAGCCUGCUAGCCACAGUGCCCUGAAAGGCCCGCCCCACAGCGCCCACCUGCCAAGUUGGUGCCAGAGAGCCAGCCUGACCGUCACUGUGGCGGGGACAGGGUGAGGCCAGGAGGCCCCGAGUGUAUCACCUGCCCCAGCGAGACCCGGCCCCCUGCUCCACCGACCUCCAUCCUGGACUACGGGCCUUUCCACACUGUGGGCCACGCAGGGCAGCCACCCAGCCCUGGGCAGCACCAGUUCUCAGGACCACCCAGAGGCCCCUGUGGGGAGCUGCCACAUCCAUGUGUACCUUGGACUGCAGGUUCUGCAUCACCUUCUCAAGGCCCUGGGAGUGGCCCGAUGGUUGCAGAGGAGGGCCACGGCUUGGUUGUGACAGGACUUUAGCAGCCACGCUCUUCAGCUGAAACAGGAGUGGCCGCCAGCCAACGAGGGUGACUGCUGCCACCACCAGUGCUUUAUGAGGCCACUGGUCAGCAGAGGGGCCCUGUCCAAGGGACCCACAAACCAGGGCAGAGCUGGGUGUGAGCAGGACUCCACCCGCCAGGUGUCAGCCUGCAUCCACUACACAUUUUUGGAAACCAGGAAUCAGUAAAGACUAUGCCACCAACUCAACUUUUUAAAUGGACAAAAAUUCAUAACAAAUAUGCAGAUAAGUGCACACAAAGGUGCCCAACAUCUGAGCAAACGCAAGCCAUGUGAGCGCCUCGGCUCUGGGCCGACGUUUGCCUGCAGCCCCGACGAGCAUGGGAACGCACGCGGGCAGCCACCCUGGAAACUGCCCAGCCGUUUCCAGCCCAGCCGACACAUGACGGUGACCCAGCCAUCCCACCUUGGUCCCUGCAGAGAGGGCAUGUCCACACGGCAGCACUUGUCGUGACAGCCCAAGCCUGGGGGUCAGCAGGGAAAUGGACACGUGGCAUGUGUUCACACGGUGCUGGGGCCAUGCUGGCAGGGGCCCAGAAACGUCCUGUCUCUGAGGGGAGUCCCAUGGGUGCAUGCUUGUGAGAGUCUCAGUGGAGCUGUUCCCCAGGAUUAGUGUCAACUCAGGUGAAAAAGUUUUUUAAAUGAGAAUAAACAAAAAUCCUUGGCACCUUA